ACAGAUGACCAAACAGCCCUGGUCAUUAAGCCCAGGAAUAAAAGAGGAAACAGUGAUUUGGCAUCAGCUGGAUUUAACAUUAUCAACUCUAUCAUAGGAUCAGGCAUUAUAGGAUUGCCAUAUUCAAUGAAGCAAGCUGGCUUUCCAUUAGGAGUACUGCUUUUAUUUGGGGUUGCCUAUAUCACAGCUAUGAUUAGUUACAACAUAAUAACAGGAGACACUUUAACUAAGGUUUUUCAGAGAAUUCCUGGAGUUGGACCAAACAAUAUACUUACUGACCGUCAUUUCAUAAUUCUUUUUACCACCAUCAUCUUUACCUUACCUAUAUCUCUGUAUCAUGACGUAGCAAAACUGGGAAAGGUAUCUCUUACUUCUCUGAUUUUAACGAUUGUCAUCCUGGUUAUUGUGAUGGUGAGGACAGUAACAUUCAGUCCACAAGUACCCAAAUCAGAAAAUGCUUGGAUAUUUGCAAAAUCAAAUGCAGUACAAGCCAUUGGGGUGAUGUCAUUUGCAUUCAUUUGCCACCAUAACAGCUUUUUAAUCUAUGGCUCUCUGGAAGAACCUACGUUAAAGAACUGGUCUCGAAUCACACAUCUGUCUGUCUCGCUCGCUGUUGUUAUCAGUGUAGUGUUUGCUGCAUGUGGCUACAUGACUUUUGCAGAAUACACAGAAGGAGAUAUAUUUGAAAACUACUGUAGAGAUGACAACCUUGCUACAUUUGGAAGGUUUUGUUAUGGAGUUACUGUAAUUCUGACCUUCCCCCUUGAAUGUUUUGUGACCAGAGAGGUGCUUGCCAAUGUGUUUUUCCAUGGGAACCUUUCAACAGUUUUACACAUUAUUGUGACAGUAAUUAUUGUUGCUGUGGCAACUGCUAUAUCCUUAGUGUACGACUGCCUUGGACUAGUUCUAGAGCUGAAUGGAGUCCUCAGUGCCACCCCGCUUGUUUUUAUCAUCCCAACAGCAUGUUAUCUAAGGCUGUCCAAAGACCGAUGGAACCAUUCAGAUAACAUCGUAUCCUGCCUGAUUCUUGCUGUUGGUGUACUAGUGAUGACGGUUGGGUUUGUUUUGACUAUGCUGCAUCCCCAGGAAUGUAGCCAUGGAAAAGAAAUGUUCUACUGCUUCCCUAGUAAUGUUUCUUUUCACAAUAGUACGCUUCCACCCUAGUAAAUACAAAAAUCACCAGGCUGUAGAUCAGGUACAUCUCCCAGCAAGCGAUAUGCUAAUUUAAAUAAGAUUGGAAUAAUAAAGAGCUUUUGGGUUUUCAUAUGGGCUGAGAUUUUUUUUCACUGUAUAAUUGAAUUUAUACAUUUGGUUUUAGGCUGCAGUCCUUUUCCAGAUAAGAUGCAAGUUUUAACUUUUGAAAUUGAAAUGCUCUGAAAUGCAUUUCAGUAGGCAUUACUUUAAUAGCUUGCACACCUAUUAAAAGGCAGCAUUUUUUUAAGUUAAUGAGUGAGCAACACUGCUUAAGCCAUAAAUGCUGUGUUUAAGAAUAUAAACCUGUUCUAUGAUUGAUGUCACUUAUUUAUUAACUUUAUAAUCUUUUAAUGUGUAUUUAUUAGCAUACUGUAGUAUAUAUUUUUUUAGAGUCCUGAAACAGAGACCCAGCCACAUUCUGUUUUUAAAAUUGUGCUUUGAAAUUGGAAGACCCCUAUUAAUUCUGUGCUUGAUUUAGAAGUAAUUGUCCUUAAGUGCUGAAAGUAUCCUGUGUGCUGGGUCUUAAGGGCAAUUUUUUAUCCUUUCUGAACUGUAACUGAUACAAUUGAACUAUACCAAUUACAAUUUGUGGUCUUGUAACUGAGGGUUUUUUAAUUAAUAAAACCACACAGGUGAAUUUUAA